AUGGACUGGGGAGUUUUCAGUUAUACGGUGGUUUUCGACGAAUGUUCCGAGAGUGUCGGCGCUGGAAUGGCAGUGAGUCUGUUCCGAGACGCCGAUGUCGACGUCAUCAUCGGACCUACCUGCAACUUUCGUUCGCUUUUUCUUUCCUGAACUUGAGGGGUUUGAAAGGUUUUGAAGCGUCGUUCAACUUUAAAUUUUGUGAAACUUCAAGGUUGGUCAUUCUCACUUUGUAUAUAGUUUCCACAAGAAGUUUUGAACUUUUUGAAGGUUCGGGAGUUUUUCUCGACUUGAAAUAAUUCUCUUGAUAAAUUAACGAUUUUCACAUAAUCUGCUUUAAAAGCACAACAGGUUAUUUAAAGAAAAGAGGACUGUAGGUCAGAAUUUUCUUACUUAAUAAAUUUGAUAAUAAAAAUCAUUAGUUUUCAAACCUAGCAAAAAGGUCGAUAAAAGCUUCUUCAAAAAAACAUUUUUUUAAUUUUCGAAACUUCAGUUCGCUUCCUGGAAAUUAAGAGCAAAAUUGAAAGAAAAAAAAUUUAUAACAGAAUGUAAAUUGAGAAAAAAAGCCUAUGACUUCUCCUUCUCUUCAUUCAAAAGAAAAAAAAACAAGUUUUCAGCUGCUUUGUCCGCCAGUACAUUGGCCUCUUACUACGACGUUCCCAUUUACGAAUGGGGCUUGGUGACGUCACCAGAUCUGCGCGACGCCGAUCGGCUGCCUACUACGAUCACCUUGACAAUAGACACUUUUAGGUUCUUCUUGGAAAAACGAAAAAUAAAAUUCUCGACGCCUAUACUUGAAGCAUGACGAUGGCCCUGCGGGCAAUGUUCCGGGAGUUUGGCUGGGACGAGUUCGUCUUCAUCUUCACGUCUGACGGAGAUGAGCAGAAGUGCGAGUCGAUGAAGGACGACAUCCAAGUGAGGAGCCUGGUCAACGUCGACUCAUUCUGGGACUUGCAGAGCAUGGCGGCCAUCAGCACCGACAUCAUCAUGUCCUACACCUACCAGAUCCCCUACGUCACUGACGCCAGCCUUCGGGUCGCCCUCAGGGAAAUCUCGACUCGGGGCAGAAGUGAUUCUUAGAUUCCUAUGCUUCCAAGAUGGCCCAGCUAUUCAUAUUUCAUAUAUUCAAUUCCGUGUUCGAAGAAUCUUCCGCGAAAAUCAAAUUUAUCUCUGACUCUCCAAAAUUUAGUUAUCUUUUUUACUCUCUGACGGCUAUUUCGGAUGUUGCGGCAUAAUUUUGAACACAGCUUCAGUAAUAUGUUCAGUAUUACUUUUCUGAGGACUUUGAAAUCAGAAAAUUUGCUACAUAUGGUUCAAUCAGCGUCAGCUAAAUCAAGGUUACCGUACAUCACAUUCGCUUAGGGAUUUUUAAAACCGCUCAUCAUGUGCCUUUAAUUGAAAAAUGGAUUUUUUCUAAAUUCAUAUAUAGCCUGUUCCAAGUAUAGCGGAAAUAAAAGGAAAAAUCUCAUUUUUUUAUAAUAUUUUACUUUUCUGCCAACUAGGGAGGUAAGUUUACUCGGAACUUUAUGAUUUACUGAAAAGUGACCUAAAUUGUUUUUUCUGUGAAGAUGAAAAUGCUGAAUUUUUCAUCUUGCCCAGGUUUCUUUCUUUUUUUUUGAUUAUAGAAAAAACUUCAAGAUCACUUAUCUGGCUACUGGAACUUGAAGAAUUAUUUUUGUUGAAACGAAAGUUUUCCAAUUGGAAUUUUAGAAUAAUCACAUUCAGAAAUCCUCCGAGAAAAUUCUAAACUUUCUUCGAAAUAAAAGGCUGACAAACUUCAUCCAUCUCUUUUUGCAGUCUUCGUUUCCUGCUUCCCGGAUAAUCGAGGCUUCAAACGGUCCUACAUGUUGGCGGCCCACGACCUCGAUUUGAUCGAAGACGACUACGUCUACAUUUUCAUCGACACCAAGUCCAAAGGAUUUGGUGAGCUUAGCGUCGCGUCUUCUGGUGCAAAACUUUUCAGUAGUUCCCAGCGAAACGGGCGGCCUGCAGUACAUUUGGCAGGGCAGCGACGGACGCGACAACGACGCCUUGAAAGCCUUCAAAAGCGUCUUUUUCAUUGCUGAUGUUGGAUUUGGUUGAUUUAUUAACGGAUGUGGAGAUUUUGAAGAAUAUGGGAGCACCCGAGGUUGAGACGGACGCCUACAAACAGUUCAGUAAGGACGUCAUCCGGAGGAUGGCCGAUCCUCCGUUCUUAUGUACUACCGACUGUAAAGGGCCAAAUUACACCACUGUUAGACUUUCUUUUUUUUUGAGAAUAGUUAGAAGCUUAUAAGAAAGAAAGGGGUGUGAAAUUCAUUGCUUUUUUUUACUUAUGAAAAGAAGAAAAUGCUUAUUUUUUAGCUAAAUUCCUGUCUAAUUUGGUUUUUUUAAUCGAAAAUUUGAAGGGAACCUCUUUAUAAAUUUCACAAUAAGGCAUAUACGCAUUAAAAUUUCUAAGAACUAGGCAGAAAAGAGGAAGUUUCACCAGGGACUCCAAAACUUUAUGAAAAAAGCCAAAAAACUUGGAUAGAUAUGGAUAGGGUCCUGUAAACCAUAUCCGACACAAUUUUCUAGAGAAAAACAUUUUCAAAGCUCUGCAAAAGUAAUUUCGAAGCUUUCAUUUGAAGAAAAAAAUUAGGUUUCGCACGCAAAAAUUUUCAAGAUCAGCAUCGAAUGACUUUCGCCGACUUUAGAGAAAAUUGUGAAGAUACGAGUAGAAUGACCUUUUUUCCAGUAAUCUAAUCCGCUACUUCCCGCUGUUGCCUUUGAUAGUUUUUCAAAAAUCCAGAGAAUUUCUGUACCUUUCACUAGAUGGCCCCCUACACAACACAACUCUACGAAGCCUUCUACGCCUACGCCCUGGUCGUCAAUCAAACACUCACAGACGAUCCAAACGGCAACAUUCGCAGCGGAUCUCUGAUCCUCGUCAACUCGGAGAUGAACUUUACAAGUUUAUUCAUGAACCAGAAUCCCAGAAUCGUCAGAUACUCAGGCGUCGACGGGAACAUGGUGCAGCUGAACGCCAACGGAACGCGGGUUCCGACGGUCUUCCUCAUCGGAAUGAACACCUCGCAGGUGCCGCAGAUCUUCGCCAAAAUCUCGGUCAACGACACCGAUUUGGUGGUUUGAGGCGCACUAACUGUGCAGUUGCAUGGUUUCCAGACUUACACGCCGAUGUACACCGACGAGAAGAUGAUCUGGGCCUCCAGAGGCGGAGUCCGACCCAAGGCCGUGCCUGACUGCGGCUUCAGCGGCAAGGAGGUCGGAGAAGGGAAUAGUUUUCGGGAAGGACCCGUUUUUUCAGUGUCCCGUGGAUUUUGUACAAACCUAUUUGGUUUAUGUCCUGGUCGCCGCCUUCAUCGUCCUUCUCGCAUUGAUUUGUAUCAUUUUCGGGAUCUUCUACACCAUCAAGUAACGUUUUGAAAAAAAAAAACUCUGGCCUGUCUGGGAUCUCUUUUCUCUCAAAAGACUCUCGCCUGUCUGGGACCUCUUUUCCCUCAAAGAGCUCUCGCCUGUCUGGGAUUUCUUUUCUCUCAUCGGCAGGAUAGUAGAAAUAUGGAAGCAUAACUUGAUCAAGAGAGAGCAAAAAAUAGGGUUUUUUGCAAAAUAAGUUUGUAAUUGGCUUAAAAAGACCAAAAAAAGUUUUAAUAAAAAUACUUUUUGUAAACUUGAUUCUCCAAUACUUGAAAAAACUUGUCUGCGCUCUCUUUUCCCUAUUGAUAGGGGUAAUGGAAGGUAAUAUAACUGGCGAAUAGAGAGCGCAGACAAGCCAGACAGUUUUGACUUGAAAUUCACAAAUUUAUUGAUUUUCAGCCAACGCCGGAAGGAGAUUGAACGUCAAAACUUGCUCUGGCAACUUCCAUUCACCCAAUUGAAAGUUAUCAGCAAAAAAGUAGGACUAUUGGGUGCAGAAAAGAUGUAGUUUGAUCCCGUUCCAGGGAAAAGGAGAAGCAAGUUUUCGGUCUCUUCAGAGCGGCCCAAGCUCCACUUCGACGAAGCUCACAGUCGAGAGCCGAUCUGAGACUCAGCACUUCAUCUUUUACACUUAUGAGGUUUUUGAAGGAAAACCUUCAAGCGUAUGAAUUCAAAAAAUGGAUGCAAUAUUGACUAGUGAUGAGAAGUUCUCAAAUUCCUAGUACGAGCUUUUUUAGGCCAUUAAAAACUAAUGAUUUUAAGGUGGCCUAUCCACAGCUUUUCUUUGCCUCUGUCAGAUUUAUUCAUGUUUUUCUGACUAAUAUAUUUAAAAUUGAGCCUUCCGGUUAGAUUUUGAGGUUGAGGUCAAAGAUUUUUUUUUUAGAGUUAUUAGCCGUUUUUAUUGCCUUGUUUUUGUAAGGUUCCUACCGACGUUUCAGAUUUAUUUAUCAUUUUCUGCCUGAUUUUUCAAAUAUUGAACUUUUGAGUAUUUUCAAAUUCAAGAGCUUUUUUUGAAUCAUCAAAAAUUUUUCACUCUGUCCAAGGGUAAUAACCUGUUUCAGUCCUAUUUCCUAAGGAACUCUCAGAUUUUUCCCUUUAUCUUUUCAUUUCCAAAAAACGAUAAUUUCAACUGAACUGAAUAUGCUUUUUGAGAAUGAGAUAGUGGUGGCGAUGAAACACGAAGAAAGGGUCCAACUGGAUUCGACCGACAGCGCCGAGAUGAGACAAGUAUUCCCUCUCUGCAUAAUACCCUUUCCAAAAAAUCCUGCAGCUGCGCAUUCUGGAGCACGACAACCUGAACCGCUUCAUCGGGAUGUGCCUCGACGGCCCUCAGCUUCUGUCGAUCUGGAAGUUCUGCGCCCGCGGAAGUCUUGCCGACGUCAUCCAGAAAAGCUCCGUCCGGAUGGACAACAUCUUCGUCUUCUCUCUUCUGAAGGACAUCGUCAAUGUUUGGUUUUAUUCUUGUGGUUUGGGCGUAGGAUCUUUGCAAGACGGAGUAUUCAGCAACAAUGUAAAUUUGCAGAGUCGGAGCGACUUUAUAGCCGUUCCUAAAAUGGUAAAAAAAAGGUCUAUUAUGCCCUAUUUUUGCGUUUUUUUUUUUGUCAACCUAUUUGCUUCUCUUUCAUUUCCCAUAUUUUCUUGAUCCAAUAGGUUUUAGGAAAAUUGAAUGGCUUGAUGAAAGUUCAAAACGAAACGUUUUACCGGUUUUUUUGCGCCCGUUUUCGGGAAUUUUGACUUAGCCAGUGAAAACCUGUGUUACUUUAUAGUCUCGUAAAUUUUUUCAAAAAUUUAUGUUGCCUAUCCUUUUUUUGGUUUGAGUACUAUUGGAAAAAAAAGAAUAUUUAAAAAAUAGUGCUUUUUCAAGAUUUAGUCUCCAAAAGUGUUGAAAUGCCGUUUUCUUUUUUUGAAAACACUUUCUAUCUACUUUUUCAAGUUUUUCUGUACGUACCAGAAAUAUUACGGUAAAAAUUCCCUCGAAAACAGGCCAAAUGAAGCUUGAAAGUGUUCCGAAAUGCUCCGUUUCGCAAACUUCUUGUGAUAUUCUAGAAUGAAAAGGAAAUCACAGGGUCUGGCGUACAUCCACAGCUCGUUCCUGCAGUUCCACGGGAAACUCACCUCCCGAUGUUGCCUGGUCGACGACCGAUGGCAGGUCAAAGUCGCCUAUUAUGGUCUGCGCCAUGUUAGACACAGCGAGAAGCUCUCCAAAAAAGGCAUGAAAAAUAAUUGUUUCAAGUUUGAACUUUUGUCUAGAGCUUCUGUGGACGGCACCGGAGCUUUUACGCAGCGAUGCUUCAGAAGGAACGGCCGAAGGUAUUUCUGGCUUUUUUUCCUAAAGAUUGAAUUUUCGCGCUUUUUUUUUUAGAUUUUCACAUUUUUUAUACGAGAAAAAGGUUUUGUGAAAUCUAUUCCAUUUGUUUAAUGAUUUUUGGAAGAAUGGGGGUUUCUUAUAUGGAGUUUAAGAAUGCUUAUAGCCUAUGGAGAAGUUCAAAAGUUCAGUCUUAGCCUUGAAGGGUGCUCUUACGAUUUUUCAUAAAUUUAUUUUUAGAACACGAGUUCGAAGGUUUUUAGAUUCAAAUAAGUUCAUUUAACUGAGUUAAGAGAGCCAUUCACAACAAGGACUAUCAUAGGCAUUCAGAAAUUAUUUUGAAAUUUUUGAGGCGAUAUCUACAGCUUCGGUAUCAUUUGCUCAGAGCUCAUCACUCGUGCGACCGUUUUCGACCUGGAUAAUAGAAAAGAAACCCCUGAAGGUUAAAGUUUUAGCCUUCCCGAUAAUUAAUGAAGUGUUUAAGAACUCAUUUAUCUCGUCAAAAAAGGCGGACACCAGCCUAUUCGACCGGCACUCCAUAUCGAUGAAAGCAUCGAAAUUAAUCCGGCAUUGGUGGGAAAUUAUUGAGAUUAUGGGGAAUUAAAAAGUAACGAAACUGGUUUCAGGCCUACUGUUUUAAAACUUAGAAAUCUUAGUUCAGAAUUAAGACAGUAUUUGAGCAAUUUUUAAGAAUGAUUUAGACUUCACAUAAAACAUUUGUCAGAGACGCUAUAUAUCAAUUUCGAACUCAAUUCAGGAUGACUACUGAACCGAAUCAACUUUUCGAAAAACAAAACAAGAAUAGUCAUUCAGCUCCACUUGGUACGCGACUGCUGGGCCGAAAGGGCGUCUGAAAGACCGCCGGUCGACAUCGUCAAGUCGUCGCUGCGAAGCAUGACCGAUUCGCGCAACGACAACCUCAUGGACCACGUCUUCAACAUGUUGGAGUCCUACGCCUCGACCUUGGAAGGAGAGGUCGAGGAACGGACCAAGGAACUCGUUGAGGAGAAGAAGAAGAGCGACGUUCUCUUGUACAGGAUGCUGCCGAGGUAACCCCAAACUUUUCCCAAAGCAUGACCGAUUUAUGUUAUGGAGUCUGUGAACAGAGAGAAUACUUUGUAAACUCCUCUCUUUAGAUGCUGUUCCUAUUCCGUUCCUGUCCUUGCUACUAAUUUUGUUUCUAGACAAGUAGCGGAGAAGCUGAAACUUGGUCAGACCGUCCAGCCGGAGACGUUCGAAAGCGUGACCUUGUUCUUCUCGGACGUGGUCUCGUUCACGAAACUCGCCGGAAGAUGUACGCCUCUGCAGGUCGUCAACCUCCUCAACGACCUCUACACCGUCUUCGACAGCAUCAUCGACGCCCACGACGUCUACAAGGCAAUUUUCAGAAUUUAGGAAAUAUUAGGGGGUUCUGCGAGAAUAGCUUGAUUCACAGAUCUGUAUUAAGAAAAUGAAGAAGUUGGUUUGAGGUGGAAACCAUCGGAGACGGCUAUUUGUGCGUUUCGGGCCUGCCUCGACGCAACGGAAACGACCACACACGACAGAUCGCCAGCAUGUCCCUGGCCUUCAUGGAAAGUCUCGAGAACUUCCGCGUGCCUCAUUUGCCGGCUGAGAGGAUCAAUCUCCGCAUCGGCAUUCAUUGUGGUGAGUUUGAAAGAAAAUGAGAAGUUCGAGUGGGUUUUUGAGGUGGACUUGCCUUCAAAUUUCAGUUAUUCAGUUAUUAAAAAAAUAGCUACUGGUAGGGUUAAACGAGUUUUUCAAGUUUUUUACCCAAUUGAUCUAAAUUUAUGUUGUCUUUUAUUCAAUUUUAGCGCUGACACGGCUCUUUUGUUAGUGGAAGAAAAUGCAAAUCCAAAAAUGAAGGGGGCGUGGUCAAAAGCUCCGCCGUUCCCAUGUGACGUCAUGGGAAACAAGCGUGAACCAUAGGGAAUAUUAAAGGCGCACCAAUGGGUCAUGAGACGAAACUAUUUCUCCUUUAAAAGAAAACGGGAUUUUUCUGUUUCAUUUCUUUUGCCGUGUUUUUGAAAAUAGCUACCAGAGAGUGAAAAAAAAACUGAAUUUCAGAAAUUCAGAUAUCGUUUUGAAUUUCGCGAAAAUUACUUUGAACUUGGCAUGUACGAAAGCGCCGCGGUGCAUGCACACGACACACUACACUUUACGGAAAAAAUAUGGGCGGGUCGUCGCCAAAAAAACGCCGUGCUGAGUCAGCUCAUGUUCAUCUUCAAAUAAACUUUCAUUAUCCUUAAAAAAAUGUCUUCGGCAUUUGUCAAAUUCAAAAACCUAUAAAACGUUCCUUAUACCAUAAAAGCACGACAAUAGAUAAAAUACGUUAUAAAAUCAGUAAAAAUAGUCUUAACCACUAAUACAAAUUUCUAACUUUCGAAUAAUCAUGAAAAUUGCUGCUCAUUUGCUAGACUUUUUGAAGUAGUGAUUCUCAGGCUCGGUAGUGGCUGGCGUCGUAGGUCUGACGAUGCCCAGGUAUUGCCUCUUUGGAGACGCCGUCAACACGGCCAGCCGUAUGGAGAGCAACGGAAAACGUGAGCUCAGCUCCAUUUUCCAUUCGAAAUACGGAAAAAUAUUCCAGCCGGCCAGAUCCACGUCUCCUCCGAAGCCAACCACAUGUUGACAGAAGUUCUGGGCGGUUUUGAAACUCGCAGCAGAGGCGAGGUCAUCAUCAAGGUUGGAUGCAUCUCCGGGACAGUUAAAAAUGGGAAUUUUUUAGGGAAAAGGAGUGAUGGAAACGUUUUGGCUGAUCUCGAUGAAUGGAGGAUCGGGGACGGCUCCCGUUAAGUCUAUCCUCAGAGAGGUUUGGGAAAUUUUGAAAGAAUAGAGGUCCAUAGAAGAUUGUUGUAAAAGAAAUGAGUGUUUCGGGACUUUUACAUAUGAAAAAGAAACAUGUUUGAAGGAACACAAGAACGACGCGGCGGCCGAGCAGCGGAGCGUCACCCCGGACCUGGAGGAACUCCCGAAGUCAACCAAGAAGGUGGCGGUCGACGACGACGGCAUCUACGCGAGCUACCGUCGUCAGGCCACCCUCAAGGAGCUCUGA